AUGAAUAACAUGAAGGCUUUUGUCGAAAAGUUCCGAAAGUCAUGUGAUAACUUAAAAGAGGAUGACGAGCUGUACGUAGAAAGAAAACAACUGAACUCACUUCACAACUACUUCUCCCACUCGCUGCUCUACCUGGAGAGACUAGAGAAUGUUAUAAAAAACAUAAAUAUAAUGAUAAGUGAUUUGAAUAGAAGUCUAAUGGCCUUCUUUGAAAAUGACGUGAAUCUAGAAACAAUAAAACAUGUGUCAUACAUACUUAACACAUUUAAUGAUGUAAGGGAACAGAUAAUUAGCCAUAUUGCAAAUUCUAAAUUGGCCGCAAAUAACACCCUUGAAAAUAUUAAGACGCUACAGAAUUUAUGCACGAGGAAGAAAAAUUUAGGAGCAUCCAUAGAACACUAUGAAAAGAAAAUUAGAAAAUUACAACUGGUAACCCCAUCGAACCAAAAGCAUUUAGACAAAGUGAUUAGAAAUGAAGCCAAGUUGAACAUGGUAAAAAAUGAUUACCUAAAAUAUCAUGACGCUAUUAAGAAAGGGUUUGAAAUAAUUUUGGAAAAUAAAACGAACAAGGUUUUAUUUGAUGCUCGGAAGGACUUGGAGAUUUUGUUGUGUUACUUCUCCCUCAUGAAUUCGGUUUCCCUGAGGUUGAAGGAUCCUCUAAAGGAGCUGAAAUACGAAUGCCUGGACGGGAAGAAGGCCAAGUUGCCCAUCGACUACAACUUCUUCCUGGAGGAGGAAGACGACAUGAACAUCUUCAAAGAAAAGAAGAAAGGGUACAGCCACAGCAGCAGUAGGCACAAUAUGCUCACUGCGCAGAAUACGCAGAGUAUUCAAAAUACGCGCAGUAUGCCAAGUACACGGAGUAUGGAAAAUGCGCGUAGUACGGAGAAUACACGGAAUAUGCAAAAUACACAGAGUAUGGAGAAUACGCGGAAUAGGCAAAUGAGCUGUGGGAAAAGUAGAGAAUGUAACGACAGUAGCAACAGCAGUGUGAAUAUCAAUCCGUUCGCUCGUACCCUCCCGCCGAGUUUAGAAAACAAAAUGUGCAAGAAGCCAGUAAACCUUCCUACGCUACCCGAACCGGAAGUUAAAAAAGAAUCCACUUUUUUUAACAUUAAAAGUCUUCUAGGUGUUGCUGAUAAAUCAGCGUCCCCGAAGGCGAAGAGUUAUUCCUCCCCGAACAUCCCCCCGGCCUUUCCACAGUAG